GUGACAGAGCAGACGCAUAUAGAGAUGCGACUCGCAAGAACGUUAUUUUUCUCCCACAAGCACACGAAACGGCGCACGACCUGUUAUUUGUUUGCGACGCUUGCCUACCAGCUUGCCAGCAAUUUUUCCAGCGUCAGGGCGCAUGUAAAUAGAGCUAUCCUCGAGAACCCUGCACUUCUAGACCUCAACAACUCUGUUCGCGAUUAG